CGCCAUUCCCAGUUUCAUUUAACAACACUGGCCCCCUACACGGCAACCAUGCAGCUCCGGUUUAGCUGACCAUACGUCUAAUUCUAUUCGAAUUUUCCUACCACCUGCCCCCAAAAAGCAUCAUGUUCUUUGUCAAUGUCUUUGGCAUUGUAGCCAUCUGUACAGCAAUCAAUACUGCAUGGGGGUCAAGCUUCUGUCCCUCUCUGCCCACCAUGAAGUGUUCCUGCCCAUCAGGGUGGCAACUGUGGCAGAAAGCGUGCUAUCGCCUAACUGAGUCAAAGGCUAACUGGGAGAACAGCAAGUCAGCUUGCCAGGAGAUAGGAGGCAAGAUGGCCGCCCCUCGCUCCCUUAAGGAAAUGAAUUUCAUGGCGGAGUUGGCAAAAAAGAAGGUCAACAACUACUACGUCUGGAUUGCUUGCAAUGACAUUGAAGUCGAAGGAAACUGGACAUGUGACGUCCUGGGAGAUGGCGACCCGUUCAUGGGAUGGCAACCUGGGCAACCAGAUAAUGUUUAUGAUCAAGAUUGUGCUGGAAUAGCUGCACGACACAAUGAUAAAAUGGAUGACGAUGAGUGUAUUAAAAACUAUGAAGCCGUUUGUGUUCGUCAUGCUGUCUGCUCUCCUAGGUCAACCCAACUGCGUCACUUCUGCUUCUCCAGUGACUAUCCCAGCCGAUUUCUCAACGCAACCUGCCUCUUCGACCACGUCAUCCGGGAGUUUACCACUGAGGGGGUUACCGCCUGUGGCUCGGCCUGCAUCAAGGAGCCCGGAUGUCGCUCCUUCAACAUCAAAAAAAGCGAAGGAAGGAAGCUCUGUCAGCUGAACAACAGCACGCGCUUGGACGACAAGGACAAGUUUCAAAACACCAGUUAUUUCUGCAUGUACUUGGAGGAAUGUAUCGGCUGAUUUUGAAAAUCUUGAAGAAUAAGUUUACAUUCAUGAUCAUGAUUUCUAUGUUGGAAAACAAUUUGGAUGUGGUGGUUGCGACGACAAAAUUUGGACCAUUAUUUGGAAAUUUGGUGAAGUUAAUUUUAGUAUAUACAUUUUGCUGUAGAAAAUAGGACUGAGAGCGCUGGAACAGUCAUGGUAAAACAAUUUGGCUAGUAUUUUAACAGAAAAGAAAGGUCUUCAGUGAAACUGAAAAAAUGGUCAAAUUGGUAUUUGUGUCUUUUGAGCUCAUAUAGUAUUUAAGACUUGGGAAACAUUGCCAUUUUCGAUUGUUUUGAUGUGUGACACACACACUUUUGCUUUCUAUAAAAAUCUUAAUGCAAAGGUACCCGUUUAAAGACGAAGUCGAAAUUAUCUACAGGCUCUGUUAACUAAGGAUGGUCAGUCCUGCACCACUCCGUUUAUUUGCCCAUCACUAGAGCAGCUUUCAACAUUACAUCCUAAAAUAGUAGGCGUUCACCUAUCAAAUGCAGUCAAUUUGAUCAUAGACGGGGUUUACCCGACAGAGGGUCUCUGAUAUCUUGCCACAUUGUCUAUAAGAAUCGUGCUGAUUGCCCAUGUACGUGUUGUUCAGGGUAUGUUGUUGUUGUGUUGUUGCUGUUGUUGUUAUAGAGGGUUAAGAAACGUUCUUC